UCUCGGCGGCGGCGGCCCAGGCUGGGGAGUCCGCGGUGGCGGCAGCGGCGGCGGCGCUGUUCCCCGCGCGGUCCGCGCAGCGGGGUCCGGGCUGCGCGUCUCGGGCGGUGGCGGCGGCACUGCGGCCCGGCCCUGACCCCGGGUCCCCUCCUCGGCCGCCCCCCGCCCACGGGCCGCCCCCCGGGCCCCGCGUCCCCUCCCCCGCUGGCGGGGCUCGGACAGAAGAUGGUGCAGAAGAAAACAGCCGAACUUCAGGGCUUCCACCGUUCGUUCAAGGGGCCGAAUCCUUUCGAGCUGGCCUUGGCCCUAGAUCAGGCCCACCACGGGGAGGCCGACUUCAGCCUGGAGGGCCCGGCCCGCCCUGAUAUGCCCACGAGCCAGCCCAUCGACAUCCCGGACUCCAAGAGGAGGGGCAAGAAAAAGAAGAGAUGCCGAGCCACCGACAGCUUCUCAGGCAGGUUCGAAGAUGUCUACCAGCUACAGGAGGACGUGCUCGGGGAGGGCGCCCACGCCCGUGUGCAGACCUGCGUCAGCCUCAUCACCAACCAGGAGUACGCUGUCAAGAUCAUAGAGAAGCAGCCGGGCCACAUUCGGAGUAGGGUUUUCCGGGAGGUGGAGAUGCUGUAUCAGUGCCAGGGACACAGGAACGUUCUAGAGCUGAUUGAGUUUUUCGAGGAGGAGGACCGCUUCUACCUGGUGUUUGAGAAGAUGCGGGGUGGCUCCAUCCUGAGCCACAUCCACAAGCGGCGGCACUUUAACGAGCUGGAGGCGAGCGUGGUCGUGCAGGACGUGGCCAGCGCCCUGGACUUCCUGCACAACAAAGGCAUCGCCCACAGGGACCUAAAGCCAGAAAACAUCCUCUGCGAGCACCCCAACCAGGUCUCCCCCGUGAAGAUCUGCGACUUCGACCUGGGCAGCGGAAUCAAGCUCAACGGGGACUGCUCCCCCAUCUCCACGCCGGAGCUGCUCACCCCGUGCGGCUCGGCCGAGUACAUGGCCCCCGAGGUGGUGGAGGCGUUCAGCGAGGAAGCCAGCAUCUACGACAAGCGCUGCGACCUCUGGAGCCUGGGCGUCAUCCUCUACAUCCUGCUCAGCGGCUACCCGCCCUUCGUGGGCCACUGCGGCAGCGACUGCGGCUGGGACCGCGGCGAGGCCUGCCCUGCCUGCCAGAACAUGCUGUUCGAGAGCAUCCAGGAGGGGAAGUACGAGUUCCCUGAGAAGGACUGGGCGCACAUCUCCUUCGCCGCCAAAGACCUCAUCUCCAAGCUCCUCGUCCGGGACGCCAAGCAGAGGCUGAGUGCCGCCCAGGUCCUGCAGCACCCCUGGGUGCAGGGGUGCGCCCCGGAGAACACCCUGCCCACACCCAUGGUCCUGCAGAGGAACAGCUGUGCCAAAGACCUCACGUCGUUCGCGGCCGAGGCCAUCGCCAUGAACCGGCAGCUGGCCCAGCGCGAGGAGGACGCGGCCGAGGCGGCGGGGCAGGGCCAGCCCGUGGUCGUCCGAGCUACCUCACGCUGCCUGCGGCUGUCCCCGCCCUCCCAGUCCCAGCUGGCACAGCGGCGGCAGCGAGCCAGCCUGUCGGCGGCCCCCGUGGUCCUGGUGGGGGACCACGCGUGACCCCGCUCCCCCGUGUACAUAGGUUGCCCCCUUUCUCCAUAAAAUCUAAAGAUUUUUUUAAGCUAUUGUCAGCCAGUGACCAGCGGGCACCCACCCCCAGCUGGAUUCCCGGGCGCUAAGCUCCACUGGGGGGUCUUUUUAUAUAAGGUUUUUGCUGUUGGGUUUUUCCCUUUUUUCCUGUACCCUCUCCCCCAUUUUGUUUCCCUUUUAAAGGUGUUAAAAGCAAUGCAGGCGCCGGGGAGGAGAGGAGGGCACGGGCGGCUGGGCUGGCCUUCCCCGCGCCCCACCCGUGCUUGCCUGUGCUGUGAAAGGGCCCCUGCAGCGCCCGCAGAUGUGACUCAGGAGAGCGGGGCCGCCCGCCUCCGACCGGGGCACCAGGGCGCCCCGCACCCGCCCCUGCCCGCCUUCAGUGUUUUCAGGGAUGGCCGCCCCAGACCUCCAGACCUCCCUCCACGAGAUGGCAGCUGGUUGGUCCCGACCUCGGAGACGCCCUGGUGAUCUGGUGGGGCAGGGGCUUCUCGGGUCAUCCUGUCCUGGGUUUGGGUGCAGGCAGGUGGGGUGCCCACCGGGCCCUCCACCAGCUGACAAUCGGGGCUCCCCUGAGCCUGAACCCGAAGCUGCAGCUGACCUGGGUGAUCACACCCCUGCCAUCUCCGCCAGGGACCCUGCCCCCCCGCAGGAGGGCGGUGCCAGAGGAAGUGGGAGGGGCUGGACAGGCACCCGUCAGCCAACGUGGGGUCCCACAGACCCCACCCCGGGCACCCAAGUGCCCUUUCUCAGGGCUUAGUCUGACCUUGGCCACGUCCUGACCCAGCCUCGCCUCUCGGGCCUGCAUGGAAGCUGUGGGCUCCUGCCCCGCCCCAGAGCCAGGGCCGCUGGGUCCUGCCCAAACCCCACCUCAAGGGCAGCGUGUCUGCUCUGCCCACCUUCAGGAAAGCUGCCGCGGCCUCCCACAGGGCGCCCAGGAAUUGCCGCACCCCUUCUGCCCCCUCCCAGCGCCCAGGUCAGAUGUCCAGUGACCCGCCAUGCCCGGGGAGACCCUGGCCCUCGGGUGGGGAACACUAUGCAAUACAGGCUUCCCUGGUCUGCGUUUCCCGUGCUUCUGCCGCGGCGCGCCCCGCCCGGCUGCCAGGCCCCCGACUUCCUCCCCGAUGUUCGUCUUGUUAGCGUUUUUAAAACCGUCAGUUGACUUCCCUCCCUGCCCUCGAAGAAUACUUGAAUGUUGGGGGGGCCUCGUGCAUUGGGGUCUCGGGCGCCGUCUCUGCGGCCUCCCCAAGUAGGAUCGUUGCAGUCUGUGGGGUCCCCGCCACCUGGACCUGGGGACUGGCCUUUCCAAAGACCCCUGGGGUGGGGAGGCCGCCCCCACCCCACCACUUCUCACCCAUCUGUGACUCCAUGUUUUGCGACUGAGGAUUCUGCCUUUUCGUAGAAACAGACAGACCCUCGCCCCACGCAGGCGCCGUGGCGUCUUGCUCCGGAAGGCUGAGCUGGGAGGGCUUUUGUCUUUUAGAAGACGGGAGGGCUGCCUUCUCCCUGCCACGGGAACAGCGGCCCGACGGACUGGUCGGAACCAUUACUGUGAAUGGGCGCCGGUCCAGGCUGCCGGCUCCGGGGGAGGGACGGCAGUGUUUCGAUGUUAACAUAUAAAAGACAAAAAAAAAACUCAAGCUUUUUAAAAGUGGGGGAAAAACAUCCAAGCACUUUACGUCCACUGUACCAGGUGGUCUGAUACAGCCCAAGUCCUCCUUCACACCGGCUGGCAGUGCCGGGAUUUUGUAUUCUGUUUUGUAAGGAUUUAAUAAAAGUCAUAAAAAUUUGA